CAGAGCAGGAGAACAUGAGGCCAAGAUUGAGAGAGAAAUCCGUGAGGGGUUAAGGUUAAGCCUUCUCCUCCCCCUCCCUUAUCCUAUCCUCUUUGACACCCUCCCCAGCUUCCUUCUCUACCUCUCUGUUCUCCUACUGCCGCUACUCUCAUUCCUUUGAGCUCUCCUAUGCAGAGAACAGCCACUUGCUGUUGACCUUGUGAGACUUUCUCAUGGCUCCCAAGGCUGGCCGUGGAAGAGGUAACCGAGCCAGAGGUGACAAGAAGAAGAAGGAAGAGAAGAUUGUGCCUGCUGCUAUUGAUGUCACAGUGGUCACACCCUAUGAGUCGCAGGUGACACUCAAGGGAAUAUCCACUGAUAGGAUACUGGAUGUGAGAAGGCUGCUAAGCUCCAACACAGGAACUUGCCAUCUAACCAAUUACUCCCUCAUGCAUGUGGCACGAGGCCAGCGACUGACUGAUGGCGUGGAAAUCGUGUCUCUGAAGCCGUGCGUCCUGAGGAUGGUGGAAGAGGAGUACGUGAGGGAGGAACAGGUUGUUGCACACGUGCGACGGCUGUUGGACAUCAUGGCCUGCACCACAGCAUUCGGGAAACACAAGAAGCAGCAGCAGCAGCAGCAGCAACAGCAUACACAGAGCACGAUUAGGCCCACGACGGGCUCGACCUCGGAAGUUCCGAUUCCCGCGAUGUCCGAUAAGUUCGACAUGGCGGCGAUCCACCCACCUCCCAAGCUCGCCGACUUCUAUGAUUUCUUCUCCUUCUCCCACCUCCCUCCUCCAAUUCUAUUUAUAAGAAGACGUGAGGGUGGGAGGAGCGCUGGGGAGGGGCAGGAAGGCGACUUUUUUGAGCUAGAGGUUAAGGUUUGCAAUGGGAAGCUAAUUAAUGUGGUUGCCUCUGUCAAAGGGUUUUAUAUGACUGGAAAACGUUCUAUCUUUUGCCACUCUCUGGUGGAUCUGUUGCAACAGCUUAGCACUGCAUUUGCAAAUGCAUAUGACUCAUUGAUGAAAGCUUUUGUAGACCAUAACAAGUUUGGUAAUCUGCCGUAUGGACUCCGUGCAAAUACAUGGCUUGUGCCCCCUGUUUUUGUUGAUUCUUCUGCGAAAUGUUCCUCGCUGCCAGUUGAAGAUGAGAAAUGGGGAGGUAAUGGAGGUGGCCAUAGACUAGAUGGUAAGGAUGUUCUUAGACCAUGGGCAACAGAAUUUUCGAUUUUGGCAAAAAUUCCAUGUAGAACUGAAGAGGAGAGGUUGAUCCGAGACAGAAAGGCAUUUUUGCUGCACAAUCUAUUUGUCGACACAGCAAUUUUUAAAGCCGUGUCAACAAUUAGGUGUCUCAUGAACUCCAAUAUAGGUCUGUCUAAAUUGCAAGGCUCAAGCUUACAUGAAGAACAAACUGGGGACUUGAGUAUAGUAGUAAAAAGGGAUUGCAGUGAUGCAAGUAUGAAAUUUGAGGAUAAAAUUGAGGGCAGUCAAUUGCUUGACCUUUGCACUGAGGAGGUUGCGAGGAGGAAUCUUCUUAAAGGGUUGACUGCAGAUGAAAGCGUGGCCAUAAAAGACACUAGAACUUUAGGAGUGGUCAUAGUUAAAUACUGUGGAUAUACAGCCACUGUAAAGGUUUCAGGCCAUGCGAAGGACAGUAGUAGUGAAACGGAGAACAUUAAUGUAGAUGAUCAACCAGAUGGUGGUUCCAAUGCUCUAAAUAUCAACAGUUUGAGGGUAUUGCUACGCAGAUCAUCUACCACAGAACCAUCAGGGGGACGCCAGUCUUCUUCCGAUACUAAUGAUAUGAAUUCAGCAAGGUCAUUAGUACGAAGAGUACUUGGUGAUAGCUUAAGAAAGUUCCAAAAACUUCCUCACUCAAUGGAAAGGUCCAUCAGAUGGGAGCUUGGUGCUUCUUGGUUACAGCACUUGCAGCAAAAGGAUAAUUCAGCAACUGUGGAGCCUAAGGACAACAGCAAAGACAGUUCUACUGAACCGAUUGUUAAAGGACUUGGGAAGCAGUUUGAACAGUUGAAAAGAAUUAAAAAGAAAACAGAGAAUGCAGGUACCAUCUCCGAGAAUGAAGAUCUAAGUUCUAAUGAUAAAGUUGCCAGAAAAACAGCAGAUUCAGAGGAGUUAAAACAAAGUGAUUUGGAAGAGGCAGAAGAGAUACGGAAAUUUUUGCCAGAAGAAGCAUUCCAUCACUUGAAAGAUUCAGAAACAGGUCUUCAUAAAAAGUCAAUUGAGGAGCUCACCAAGAUGGCACAUAAAUUCUAUGAUGACAUUGCACUUCCGAAGCUGGUUGCAGAUUUUGCGUCACUUGAGCUUUCUCCAGUUGAUGGGAAAACUCUGACUGAUUUCAUGCAUAUACGGGGACUCAAGAUGUGUUCGUUAGGACGUGUGGUUGAACGUGCAGAAAAGCUGCCACAUAUUCAGUCAAUUUGCAUUCAUGAGAUGGUUACUCGAUCCUUCAAGUACAUAAUUCGAGCUGUUGUUGCAGCAGUGGAGAACUUUUCAGAUAUGUCUGCAGCAAUUGCUGCAACUUUAAAUGUCUUGGUGGGCACAUCUAAAAUGGAGCAUGAUGACAAUGACAUGAGUAGUGAAUAUAGCCUGAAAAUGGAGUGGGUGGAGACCUUUCUUUUUAAAAGAUUUGGUUGGAGGAUAAAACAUGAAUUUAAUCACUUACGUAAGUUUGUGAUUCUCCGAGGCCUUUGCCAAAAGGUUGGAUUGGAGUUGGUUGCCAGAAACUAUGACAUGGAUAGCCCAAAUCCAUUUGAGAAAUCUGAUAUUAUCAGCAUGGUUCCUGUGUGCAAACAUGUGGUCCUCUCUUCUGCAGAUGGAAGAAAUUUACUGGAAUCAUCAAAGGCAGCUUUGGACAAAGGAAAACUAGAUGAUGCUGUUAGCUUUGGCACAAAGGCACUAACAAAAAUGAUAGCAGUCUGUGGUCCAUAUCACCGAUUGACUGCUAACGCCUACAGUCUUCUUGCAGUCGUUCUAUACCAUACAGGAGAUUUUAAUCAGGCAGCCAUAUAUCAGCAGAAAGCACUAGAUAUUAAUGAGAGAGAACUUGGCCUUGACCAUCCUGAUACCAUGAAAAGUUAUGGGGAUCUUUCUGUUUUCUACUACCGCCUCCAACAUAUUGAAUUGGCUUUGAAAUACGUGAAUCGUGCACUCUAUCUUCUUCACUUCUCAUGUGGGCUUUCACAUCCAAAUUCUGCUGCAACAUAUAUAAAUGUUGCAAUGAUGGAAGAGGGCAUGGGGAAUGUCCAUGUCGCACUCAGAUACCUCCAUGAAGCUCUUAAAUGCAAUAAAAGGUUACUAGGACCUGAUCACAUACAGACUGCUGCAAGCUACCAUGCUAUUGCAAUAGCCCUCUCCAUGAUGGAAGCCUAUACACUGAGUGUGCAACAUGAACAAACCACAUUGCAGAUACUUCAAGCCAAGCUUGGAUCAGAAGAUCUUCGCACUCAGGAUGCUGCUGCAUGGCUUGAAUAUUUUGAAUCAAAAGCUUUAGAACAGCAAGAAGCUGCUCGAAGAGGUAUCCCAAAGCCUGAUGCAUCGAUUGCCAGCAAAGGUCAUCUUAGUGUUUCAGAUCUUCUUGACUACAUAAACCCAGAUCAAGAUUCAAAAGAAAGAGAUGGUAAGAGGAAGCAACGUCAUCCAAGCUUUCUAAUGCAGAACAACAGUCGAUCCAUUCACGAACAAUCCAUCACAAACAUAGAAGCGCUGAAUGACGAACAAUUAACUAUCAAAGAAGAACCUAUUCAGCUGAGGGAAUGUAAAGAUGACCUUCCAGAGAAGUCAAAAGAACACGAUAGUGUGGUCCUUUGUAAGUUCACACAGGAGGACAUAGUGUCUCCUGAUGAAUCUUCUGAUGAAGGCUGGCAAGAAGCAACCUCAAAAGGGCGUUCUGGACAAGUACGAAGAAACAUGGGCCCCAAAAGACCAGAUGUUCAUAAAUUAACGUUGAGUAACUCACAGAUAGCAAGCUCAACCAGUGCUAGUUUUAAGAUGAAAAGUUUGUCACCAGCAGCAAAAAUGGCACUCAGAACUUCUCCAAUUGAUCCUUCUUAUGCGGGAAACACUCGAAAGGAUGGAAGUUUGACUAGUGGAGAAGAUGUAAAUAGAUCACAGAUUAAGACUGUUGAUGCAGAUACUUUGUCAGAACAAAGUACAAAAGCCUCUGGCUCUGGCAGGCUUGCGAUGGUUGCUUCCAAAUUUGUAUCUUACAAAGAGGUAGCAAUCUCACCUCCUGGAACAGUUUUGAGGUCAACAUUGGAGCAAGCAGAAGAAAAGGAGAUGGACAACUCGAAGGAAAACCCGAGUUUGCUAGAGAUAUCAGAGGAAGAAGUAAAACUAACAGAAGCCACUUCUCAUUCAGAAACAUCGAGUAAUGAUAUUGAAAAAGAGGCACAUUCGAGUGGCGUAGAUACAUCAAAUAUUACUGAAAAAGGUGAUUCUGCUACAUUGCAAGACUUGGCACCAUCUAAGAUAGCCACAACUAAUGGAAGCAAACUUUCAGCUUCAGCUCCUCCAUUCAAUCCGGGAUCACUUUUAUCUAUGUCUCAUCCAUACAACUCGGUUGCUAUAAGAGGAUCGUAUGACAUGAGAGUUUCUAAUCAGACAACACCCCAACCAUUGAGAAUCCUCCCUCAGUCUGUUGAUUCCAGAGUACCAUGUGGUCCAAGAUCAACACUGUACUACAAAUCUGGUCAUUCUUUCCGUAAGAAACAUUUCUAUUCAAACUCCCAGAAGGCAUUUACAAGCAGCAGUAAUCCAGGUAGUAGCAUCAUGAACCCUCACGCGGCUGAGUUUGUGCCUGGUAAAGCUUUGGAACAACAAGAUCAUUCCGAUGGUAGCCCAGAGGCACAAAUUCCUGGAACAGAACAGAAAGAGCAACUGCAACCAGUAAUGACUGCAAAUGACAAAACCACUGUAGUUCUUUCAGAAGAGAGAUCAGAAAUCGAGGAAGUUUCUGAUGAAGGAAAGAACAAGAUCAGUAAGGGGAAAGACACCAUACAAACUUCGCAGAGGACCGAGCUUGCGAGACAAAUCCUACUCAGCUUCAUUGUUAGAUCAGUCAAAGACAGUUUGAGCACCACAGUUGAAGCUCAGGGUACUCUUGACUCACCAACUCAAACUCAGACUCGAACAAAUGAAGGGAACACCAGUAACAUAGCCAAUACAAAGUAUGGUCAUCAAGCAAAUGAUCAUGGAUUAUCGAAGCAUGCAGACAAGAACAAGGACACUGAAGGAUUCACAGUGGUCUCGAAAAGAAGAAGAAACAAACAGCAGUUGGCAAAUGCAGUCAGUGGUUUGUGCACUCAACAAUCCAUCUGCACAUAAAUCAGCAUCUGUAAAAAAGUCUUAAAGCAUUUUAGAAUCAAUCUGAAGACUUAAUGGUCUGUUGAUACCAAGUUUUUGGUAUCAAGAUUGUCUAUGGGAAUUCUGCAGAGAAGUGAGAGACAGGGAACUCUACACCUCAUGGUGACCAAUCCAUUAUGAAGUUCACUGAAUCAGAAGGAGGAUCUCUUUGAAGAGAUUUGGAAGUACUCAAGCUUUCCAACAAAUUUUACCGAAGUUGCUUGUUAGAACCUGUCUCUACCCUUCAAAUUCAAUUGCAUGAAAGGUAAUGGAAUUCUUGUCACGGUUCAGAUUGCAGAAUAGUUCUACAAAAUACAGUCACUGAAACGGCAAUAGCAAUACAAUCUUCCUUCUGAAGUGACUGCCAUGUACCAGAUUUUUGACUUGAAUGAGACUUAUUUUAGAGUCACAAGAGUUAAGAUUAGACAAGUAUUAAACCAUUACAUGAAUAUUAUUGUGGCUUUCAUGGCAAACAAUCUUGACAUAAAAUUACCUUAUGUGAAAUUUAUGUGGCUGUA